GGCUUUCCUCUGGCGGAGCGCGCAGGCGGUGCGCCCCAGCUAUGGAGUGUCCCGGGAGACGGCGGGCAUGACGGCGGCAGGAUGGGCGCGAACAAUGGCAAACAGUACGGCAGUGAGGGCAAAGGCAGCUCAAGCAUCUCAUCCGACGUGAGUUCAAGUACAGAUCACACACCAACCCAAGCCCAGAAAAAUGUGGCUACCAGUGAAGACUCCGACCUGAGCAUGCGCACACUGAGCACGCCCAGCCCAGCCUUGAUAUGUCCACCGAACCUGCCCGGAUUUCAGAAUGGAAAGGGCUCGUCCACCUCCUCCUCCUCCAUCACCGGGGAGACAGUGGCCAUGGUCCACUCCCCGCCCCCGACCCGCCUCACCCACCCGCUCAUCCGGCUCGCCUCCAGACCCCAGAAAGAGCAGGCCAGCAUAGAGCGGCUCCCGGACCACUCCAUGGUCCAGAUCUUCUCCUUCCUGCCCACCAACCAACUGUGCCGCUGCGCCCGCGUGUGCCGCCGCUGGUACAACCUGGCCUGGGACCCGCGGCUCUGGAGGACUAUCCGCCUGACGGGCGAGACCAUCAACGUGGACCGCGCCCUCAAGGUGCUGACCCGCAGACUCUGUCAGGACACACCCAACGUCUGUCUCAUGCUGGAAACCGUAACUGUCAGUGGCUGCAGGCGGCUCACGGACCGAGGGCUUUACACCAUUGCCCAGUGCUGCCCGGAACUGAGGCGACUGGAAGUCUCGGGCUGUUACAAUAUCUCCAACGAGGCCGUCUUCGACGUGGUGUCCCUGUGUCCCAACCUGGAGCAUUUGGAUGUGUCAGGGUGCUCCAAAGUGACCUGCAUCAGCUUGACCCGGGAGGCCUCCAUUAAACUGUCCCCCUUGCAUGGCAAACAGAUUUCCAUCCGCUACCUGGACAUGACGGACUGCUUCGUGCUGGAGGACGAGGGCCUGCACACCAUCGCGGCGCACUGCACGCAGCUGACCCACCUGUACCUGCGCCGCUGCGUCCGCCUCACCGACGAGGGCCUCCGCUACCUGAUGAUCUACUGCACCUCCAUCAAGGAGCUGAGCGUCAGCGACUGCCGCUUCGUCAGCGACUUCGGCCUGCGAGAGAUCGCCAAACUGGAGUCCCGCCUGCGGUACCUCAGCAUCGCCCACUGCGGUCGGGUCACCGACGUGGGCAUCCGCUAUGUCGCCAAGUACUGCAGCAAGCUGCGCUACCUCAACGCGAGGGGCUGCGAGGGCAUCACGGACCACGGCGUGGAGUACCUCGCCAAGAACUGCACGAAACUCAAGUCUUUGGACAUCGGCAAAUGCCCUUUGGUCUCCGACACGGGCCUGGAGUGCCUGGCCCUGAACUGCUUCAAUCUCAAGCGGCUCAGCCUCAAGUCCUGCGAGAGCAUCACCGGCCAAGGCUUGCAGAUCGUGGCGGCCAACUGCUUCGACCUCCAGAUGCUGAAUGUCCAGGACUGCGAGGUGUCCGUGGAGGCCCUGCGGUUUGUGAAACGCCACUGCAAGCGCUGUGUCAUCGAGCACACCAACCCUGCCUUCUUCUGAAGGGACAGCUUCCAGCCGGCACUGUUUUCAUACAAACACGAACCAAAUGAAAUGUUUUUUAAAAGCAGCAUAUGUAAGCACCGACACCCACUCAUAACAGCUAUUUCUUCCAGCAAGGUUCUUAGGAAUCUGGCUUUUAUUUUUCCUAGUUUCUCAUGGGCAACAGAGGUCAAGGAAAGGAAAGUGGGGACAAAUUUCUACUAUAGUAAACGGUUUGGGGGGGUCAGGUCAUUUGUAGGUAGUUCCUCUUCUCACAAAAGAUGUACCUCAGAAAGCUGAUGGCAGUGUCUUCAGAAACACCUCUUUCUCCCUCUGUCUCGCUCCUCCUGGCACAUCCCCAGGGUUCUACACCCCCAUCUCUCCUACUCCACCCAUCCCCCCAACAGCAACAGCGGUAAAUCAGAACAAUAAUGCUCUCCAGACCUCCUCCUCUUUAAACUGCGUGAUUGGCCUAAGCCAUGCUCUUCAAUCCCACACCCAAGCAAAUUCUUGUUAAAUAAAUAUCACAGAACCUGGUAUUUAUAAAGUGCUUCCAAACCUUUUUAAACUAUCACUUGUGGCAAACAGCGUGGUAGAGGAAGAGACUUGUGUUCCUCCCCCCCAGUUCUGCCACUAACUAGCUGUGUGAGCUUGGGCAAAGCACUUGACCUCUGUGGGCUUCAGCUUCCAGCACUGAGUCAGAGGCCAUCGACUGAGGAUUAGCUUCAUGCCCAUUUUAGAGCUGAGGGAACAGAGAUGUCAAUAGACAGAAGCACCUUGGCACAGACCACACAAGGCAUGUACCUGUUCCAAGAGUAUUGAUUCUGUAGAUGCUUUCAGGAGAUUCGGAAGUGCCAACGCCAUGUCCCGUACGUCCUUCCCUCCAGUCUGAGCAUCACUUCCAUCCCUGUUUGUUUUGCUGGGUGAGUCUUUUAGGCAUCUUUUCCUGCCCUGCUAGAUGGGUGGUCUCUGUGCCCAAGUGCUCUCAGCAUCACCCCACUCCACACCAUCCACGAGGCAAUGGAAUUCCUAAUGCCAGCAAAGCCCACAUCCCCCAGUCAAGUUGAUCUUUCUGAGUGUCUUCAAAUAGGAGGAAAGACCCUCAUGAUUUUUAAUUAACAAAUGACGCCCAAGAGGACACAUGUCCUCUAAGGUUUUUCUAAUCCUUCUCAUUGCGCACGUGGCAUGCAGCAGGCACAUCUGCCCUGCAGCUGGCAGGAACAGAUGCCUUGGUUCUUUGUCCUUCGGAUCACAUUGCUACUUUUCUCAUCUAUUUAUUUCUUUGUGCAUCCAGACUUUGUCACAUGAAGCCUGUUGGGGUUAAGUCAUAAGGGUUUAAUUGUGCAGAUUGCCACCUUGUGUGCCUUCCUCCGUGGUUGUCUGCACGUUCUCUGUCAAAGAAUGCAGAGCAGACUUCCACCUAUUUAAAUACUGUUCCUUCAAAAAUACCAGACAAAUGGAAGAGGGAACACAUUGAUAAGACUUAGGCUGUGGUCCAUCAACCAGGCCCUUGGAAUAUAACAUUAAAAUCUUGCCAACUAUGAAUUUCAAAUGGCCCUAUUUGGAUAAAAAUCCAUGUGCCAGCCUCAUUCAUGCAAAAUCAGGAUGCCAAAAGAAAAUUCCACUGCUUGUUUUCAUGACAUUUACUUGCCUUUUGUUAAUAAACACAUAACCUUUCCCAAAUUAUUCUCUGGCCACACACCUUCUUCAUCACUGUUCCAAUGGUUCAUCCAUUUCUUUCUCAAAGAGUCCACCAUCCAGACUCAGAACCUGUGCAUCUCCGAGUCAAGCACGUGGAUGUUGCUUCAGAUCAAGCUUACACAGCGCUCGACAACUGCACUCCCACUGUAGGCUCCCUGCAUUGCUUUGUCUUAUGUUGGGAAGGAGGAGAGAGAGUGAGGUUUCUUUCAUUCAUACUCCUCUCCAGUCAACAUCGCCAACAGCUUAAAUAUGCAAUCGAGACUGUUUGCCACUGGGGAAAAUGAAUUGUUUGGCAGGGGAUAGUAUCUAGUGAUAGUCACAGAGUUAGAACUACGAAAGGGCCUGAAGGUGGCAUUCCCCUGCUCUGUGGCUUGUGACCCUAUCUAAAGUUUCAGAAUUUGAGAGUCACAAAGGAUUGUCCCUAACCCUUGGCACUGGGGUUUUCCACGUGAGCUGGUCUAAUACUCUCAGAAUGAGAAGGGAGAUCCAGAAUUGCUCCCUGAAUCAGAGAAGGGGCAUCCCAUUGCAAACAUCUUUAUCACCACAACCUGACCGCAUCACCUAAACCGUCUUCCAAACAUGAGACAAAGCCGACUUUCACGAUGAUUGCCCUGCACCUACUGUCUUCCCCAGUUUCUCCCUUUCUCCCAGUCUUCUCUUCAUCCAUUCUACUUCCCCUUGGGGGAUGAAUCUAUGACAGAGGUUACUGGGGAAACAGCUCAGCAGAUUUUUAGAGACCCAGCAAAAGGCCUCACUAGGAAAUUUAUCUGUUUUAAAACAGUGCUUCCUUCCUGCCUCUGCUAAAUUGAAUGCUCAUUGUUUUUUUAAUUCUAAUGUUCAAAUCACUGCGUGCUGUAUGACUCUAGAAAGCCUUAAUUUACUACCACCAAGAAAUAAAGCAAUAUGU